CGUUGAGCGUCAUGGCGCCAAACCCAACGAUGCUUUAACGAGAGACGAGAAAUCGUCCCUCGAUUGGGCGAAAAGCCUCCUGGCUAGGCUAAAGGGCUCCGAUCCUCCAGCUGAGGCAGAAGUGGUUAGACCUGCUGCCGAGGCGCCUAAACGGCAACGAUCUGAGGAGGAGACCCUUACUUCUAUGCCGAACGACCAGCCGACUAAACGUCAAAAACAGGCGCAAACCAUUGUCAUCAAUAGACCUUUCAGUGAGGUGGCUAGAAACCCACUGGUAAGGGCUAUUGUUGACCAAAGCAACAGCGACGGAGCCAUCUCCCAGGAAAAAUGGGGGACUAUCCGUCAGAAGAUGCUAGGCGUGUACUGGAAGAUCCUCAAGGAGAAUCCAGGACCCGCCCCCCAAAACGAUGAUGCUGGUUGGUACCAGGGUCACAUUAAGCUGCUAGCUUGUUCAAAUGAGCGCUCUGCGCUUCUGCUCAAGCUAGCUAUUCAAUCCCUUGGGGAAGUGUGGCCAGGUGCAAGGUUGGACGUGAUCCCGGUUAGCGAAAUUCCUCGCAGGCCGAGAUCAAUUGCCACCAUCCCAACUGAGCCACAUGACCCGGCGGAAAUUUUGGCUUUCCUACAAAGCGGAAAUCCUCAUCUACCUACCCAUGAUUGGAAGGUGGUGAAGGUUUCCGCCCCGAUGGGAAAUGUCAGAAAGGCGACUGUUGUCCUUAAUAAGGAAACGUUGGCGCCAUUGCGUGAAUGCGGAGGUAAAGUUUACUAUGGUUUUGAUAGUAUCUCCCUUCGCAUUUAUCGCAGUGACGCCAAACGCAGCGCAGCCGCCUCUGGUACUAAGCCGGAGGCUCCGUCCAAGGAGGAUAAUGGAAAGGCCGACGAUCCCGCUGGUUCUGAGAACCAAGAAGACUCCCAGUCUACCACAGGUAUAAUGGGUGAGCUUCUUGGCAAUCUGAAGUUAGCGGAGGAUGGAGACAGUUCGCAGGAUUCCGAUCCUGAGGACGUCGACGUCACUGUCGUGUACGAUCCUGAUCUCGGAGAUGGUGAAGGUAACCCAGAUUAACCUUCACCACUCCAAAGCAGCAUCAGCUGCUUUGCUCCUCCGGAUGGCUGAGAGAGGGGAGGAGCUCAUCUUGGUCCAAGAACCGUGGACCCACCACGGCAAAAUCCUUGGACUAUCUCUCAGAGGUUACAAACUUCUGUUUUCAAAUCCUGCAGCGAUGAGGAUACGGUAGCGGCGGCACUUGAGACCGGAAACUCCACCAUCUGGCUCCUUAGCUGCUAUAUGGCGCAUGACCAUGGUGAACAACCGCCAAACGACCUGGUCAGAGAUCUAAUGCGCGAAGCAAAUAGGCGUCACGUUCCUGUGAUAAUUGGCGCUGAUGCAAAUGCUCAUCACAGUGUCUGGGGCAGUUCAGACACCAACAGUAGAGAGGUUCAGAACCUACUUUUGUUGUGACAAACAGAAAGGAAGUUCUGGAUAUUACAGCUAUUAGUACAAACUACAUAGAAUUGAUCAAAGAUUGGAAUGUCUCCAAUGACUGCUCCUUCUCUGAUCACCGCUACCUGGACUUUGACAUAGUGGUCCAGGUCAAAGUUUCAAAACCCUUUCUAAAUAGAAGGAAAACAAAUUGGGAGAGGCACAAAGCUUCUCUGAGUACUAUUCUUCCCUCUGCUCCGACGGUAGAGAGCAUAAGGGAUAUUGAUUUGGCUGCAAAUUGGAUUGCUAGUUCUCUGAGCGUUGCCACGAAGAGA